AUGGGUGAUCGUGUAUUCUUGAAGGUUUCGCCUACUGAAGGAAUCAUGGGAUUCGAUAAGAAAGGAAAGUUGACCUUGAGAUAUACUGGACCCUUCAAGAUCUUGGAGAGAGUUGGUGCAGUAGCUUAUAGAUUGGUACUACCCUUGGAUCUUUCCAGUAGUCAUUUGGUGUUUCAUGUGUUCAUGCUUCGUAAAUACAACCUCAACCCCUCUCACAUGAUUUGUUAUGAGGAAAUUCAUUUGGGUGAUGAUCUAUCAUAUGAGGAGGUACCAGUACAAAUCUUGGAUAUACAAGUAAAACAACUGCGCACCAAGGAUGUAGCUUUAGUGAAAGGCCUUUAA